UUCUGCAUUGGGCCUCAAAGCCGUUUUUCUGCUCAGGUAAAGGAGGUUGUCUGAGCCAGACACACUGGCAUUUGUUGGAGAUACUUUAAUUUGGAUUCCUACACUGGGCAGAGUUGAGCCUGAUCUCUAAAUGGCCCCUUCCAGCUCUACAAUUCAACAGCUUCUCAGCUGUGGCUCUUUCCAGAGAGCCUAACUUAGAAACAGCAUCGUUUCAGCACCAAACAAAUACAUGUGGUUUAUUUUCAUCCGUGUCAACCAGUCAAAGAGCAGCAUGGACCUGGAUUAAUUGAAAUGCCUUCUUCCAGGCUGUCCCCAUGAAUUCUCCUGUGAAGGAUGCCCAUGAUCUUCUUUGCCUGCGUGGUGCGGGUAAGGGAUGGACUCCCACUUUCGGCUUCCAGCGACUUCCAUCUAGACCAGGGUUUUUUGGAAUGCAGGAAAAGACUCAAGGUCCUGUCAUCCAUACUGGCACAAUACCCAGAACGUGGCACAGUGAAAGAACGUGACCUCAGUAUACACUUCCACAGUUCUGGGGACGUUGCUUGCACCUGCAUUGCCGCCAGCAGUUACCCUGCAGUCAUGGCAUUCUGCUUUUUGGAAGAGCUGCAAUGCAAAUUUGCCAUGUCCUACAACGCUACCAGUGUGAGUCUGGCCUCCAGGCCGUACGCUUUCCUUGAAUUUGACAAUGUCAUUCAGAAAAUCAAAAACCAUUUCAAUCACACCAACUGCGCUCAGCCAAAGGUCAACGUGGAAAAGAUGCAAGAGGACCUGCGCUUGCAGCCUCCUGCGCUUGUCAGAUGGGAGGAUACGGAGCUGAUGAACGGGAUGAUGAAUGGCUGCGUGGAAGCCCACCUCGAGACGGCUCCUGCUUGCAGGAUGCAGCCUGUGUCUCCUUUGGGGAUCCUCUCUCUCAUCCUCAACAUCAUGUGCGGUGCGCUCAACCUUAUUCGAGGGGUUCACCUGGCAGAAUAUUCAUUUCAGGAAGAUCGCAAAGGAAUUGGAAAUGUGGUAGCGUUUCUGCUACCUUUCAUAGCCUGCUUUGGUUUGUGUUACCUCUACUUGUUCUACAGUCCAGCCAGGAAGAUCAAGGUCUUCAUCCUUUUUGUGACCAUCUCUUUCUGCAACACGUACUUGUAUGGGUUAAGAAACCACUGGCAGAUACUUUUCCACAUAGGAGUAGCUUUUCUUUCUUCUCAUCAGAUACUAACCCGGCAGGUGGCUGAGAAACAGCCCGAUUUGGGGGUGUGAAAAAGGACUCACGGAAUCCCAGAUGGGGCGUUUACAAAGUCUUUGCGUUGAGGAAGGUGGUUGUAAUGCAGCUCGAAAUGGUUUGACUAGUAAGUUUGGUUUUUCAUCCUUCCGCGAAAUAAUGCCUCUUAGCAAAAAUCAGACACUACCUUUUAGGGCUGACGGGGAGCAAAGAAGCAAGACAUCCGUCUUAAAGAAGGAAGCGCGAAUUCUUUGCAGAUUAGUGUAGGUGAUCCAAGAAUAAUCUGGAGGAUGUCUGCACUGAAGAAGAUCUCGCAGGCUGCUCUUUAUGCUCCUCUGAGCUUCCAGCAGAAAUUCAGGUUAUAGGUUGCCAGGAGCACAUUUUCUGGCUCGUCUUUUGCAAACAGAGAGCAGUUCAGAAAGCACAGCCAGCUGCUGCUGAAGUGGGAAAAUCAGCCUGGAGAGUCAGACUCCAGUUACGGUCCGUAUUGCACACGCACUGAAAACUCCCAACUGUGUUCUCGGAGAUGAGCUUUGGGGCAUCGCUGCAACCAGCGUUUGGGUUCCUCCAAGUUUAAAGCACAGGCUCUUGACUGAACAAUUGAGGCUUUUGUGGCAACGGGGGGUUGUCCUAAUCAGUAAUUUAUGACGACGAUAGUUGUGGGGGGUGGAAUUGUUUGGGAAGCAGGUUCUUGAAUAAGGCGCAGCUUGUAUAUGUUACCCUAAUAGUCAGGCUCUAGGUAAAUCUACUUAUAUGAGCUGUAAAGGGUGGGCAAGGCAAGGAUUAGAAUGCCAUGAAAAGCCACGGAUGGUGAAGGUGCCUUGAGGUAUCUCCUGUAAACAUUUAUUGUACAAGCCAGUUCAUUAUUUUGAGCUAAAAGAAGGCCUUGAAAAGGCAUUUGGUUACACAGCUUCACACUGGCACGGGAUUUUUGUCGUCUUUCCUUAUUUGAUACCUAGCUUUCGGUCUUCUUUCCACAUGUGGGAUUCACAGCCACAGGUUUACAGGAGAGGUAAUAAGGGGAAGAAGUGAACUAAAUACUGUAGGUUCUUCAUGUAGUUACUCUUUUCAGUUUGACUGAACGGGAUGAAUUUUUACUGCAAGCAACAAUGGCAAUUUCUAGUGGCAUGCCCUAAGCAGGGCACCUGCUGAGUUUAGCUCAAAGCAACUCAAAUGCUGCUGGACCUCACAUCAGGGAACACACGACUUUACCAGGGCAAAUGUUAACAGAUCUUGGAUUGAUGCAACGGACCCAGUUCUUGUUCGCUGCCAGGUCCGCACGGUCUCUCCGGCCUUGUGUCACAACAAUGGCCAACACUACCUACAUUCUGUCUUGGAUGUGCUUCUAGCAUAGAUAGUCCCAUCAUGGAGGUAUGUUUUGCCUUUUGAUGAAAUGCAAAUUUGAGGAGGGAAAAAGCACUUCUAAAUUGCCGAGUCACACAGUCUAUCAGCAUCGUAGGUGUCUUAAAAGGUCUGCUUUGAUCCCACGCACUCAAGACACGUGUGAGCUUCUUUCAUAUCGGGUGCGUUACAGCCCAGCUGAAAUGGGAGGAACCUCAUCUCUGGUCCUGUUUGUCCUUUAUUUCCUCCGUGGAUUCUCCUUCCAAGCCUCCUUCCUUGGAAGAGUCUAGCUGUAGAGGGACUUGCACAUUUCCCCGGAUGGCUCCAAGUGUUAUAUGGAAGUACUGAAAUCAUCCUCUGCCCUUGACUUGCAGAAAGAAACCUGCCCAACUGACAGCAAGGGGAUGGCCGGUGGGGGAGGUGACACACUGGGAUUGAGAACUCCUGGCCUGUUGGGGUGGAGUUCUGAAAGCUUUCUGGGAUCUGCGUUGCUUCUAGGCUGUUCCCCAUAGCCAAGGCCUCCCAAGGCUUCUCUCUGGGUGUGCAACAUUGGUCUAGUUCUCACCUAAGCAGUAAACUGCAUAGGAACUGCAGCAUGGUGGGGAGCUGUGAAGUUCCAGGUUCCUCCAUCCCAGAUAAAGAUGGUUUUGUUCCAGUAUGGUAGGGCAGUUAAAGAAUUAGACUAGGAUGGUGAAAUCUAGGUUCAAAUCUACCCUUAGCCAUAGACGAUGACUGGGCCAGCUAAUGUCUUCCAGCCCAAUGUAACUCAAGUAGUAGCUUGAGGGAUAAAAUUGGAAGGUAGAAGAACGGAUGCUGUCUUGAACUUCUGGAGCACAGUUGGGUUCUAAAGUGUCUUUUUGAGUUGUAUUUCUCAUUUCUCGGUGACCUUGUGGGUGCACCUGUGGAAGUGUCAAGAAAGAGUGGCUGUUGCCUUCCCCAUCAGGCCUAUAACCCAGGGAUUACCUGGUGGUUUCCCACCCAAGGAUGAACAAAAUAUGACACUGGUUAGCCUUUGGAGAUCAGCCCAACUUUGCAAAGAGCUAUCAGUUUUUUUUAUACAUCUAGGGGAACGGGGGGUAAGUUUUCCUCCUCACAGAAAGCUAGCGUGUCAUAAAAAUUAAUUACCCAACUUCCCUUGGUGAGUUAAUUUUCUACCGGGGAGAGGUUUUCUAGCGGGGCCAUCAUGCAAAGUCCCACCUGCCUUUCACACUGGUACAGCUGAAACUGACUCGCUGCCUCAGCAGCUUUUAACUGAAGCCUGAUUUUCACCAGAUCUAUCUAAACCAGUGUUGCUCAACCUCAGCAACUUUUAAGAUGUAUGGACUUCAACUCCCAGAAUUCCCCAGCCAUCCAGCCACAUCUUAAAGUUGCUGAGGUUGAGAAACACUGAUCUAAAUGAUUGUCCCCCGUUGUUUAAUUUUUUUGGAACUCUUAAAAGAAGAGGUAGUUUCUAAAAAAAGAGAAGAAAGGAAGCCAUUGUAAUAAAGAAUGGCAGAUGUUCUCUCCUCUUUCCCAAUUCACCAUCUUUAAGUGUUUGUGCUUAAAAUUUGAUGACAGACUUGAAGAACCUGCUCUUCUAAACUAGAAUCUGGGCACCUGUUGCUCUUUAUAUCCUGUUUGAAAUGUGUGGAAAUCUCGGCUAGCAUUUAACCAUUUGUGAGCCCUUUUUGAUAACUUUUUGAAACCAGUAUAUUGUACAAAACUUUGAUGCAGAUUUUCUUAGCAACCUGUGGGAUUAAAAGAAGUUUUAUGUGAUAGCUUGGCAAAGCCUCCCAUCGCGCUGCUGGAUGGUCAGCAAACUAGACUUUCUGAGGGAAUAUUUACGCCAAAUCUCUCCCCUGUUGGGCAUUUUUAUUCUCUUUCUAUAGGCAGUUGGAUUUGAGAACUGAAAAAAAAAUGCCUUAGAGAGCCACAUUAUCAGGGGAAAAAAAUUAACUUCACCUUUUCGUUCUAAAAUGGCAGGCUCUUUUCCAUUUUCCACAACUGAUCCUUCCCCAACAUCCCCUUGGUUUAUCCACAUCUUCAGCUGCUUGAAAUGCAGAAGCUGUGACAACAUCCUGUUUAGACCCAAACUCUUUUGAUGUGGCCUCCCUGGGUCUACAGUGCUUAAAUAUAUAAUAAUCCAGCCUGCAAAAUCUUGCAGUCUUGCCCCCUGAUUUGCUAAAUUUUCAAGAGUGGGCACAGUAUGUCCCCUUGAGAAGGGAUGCGGCUUUUCACACAAUAAGCCAUCUUGACUAUUUUGACCAACUGCCGUAGCCCACUUUAAACCCACUGCCUUGACAAAGUGUCCUUUUAAUUUUGCGACACGUGACAUUUUUCUUUGGGUAGUGCAAAUUUGUCUCUUGCUAAAAGAAGAACAUAGCCCUGUUAGUGCCAAGAUCUGUUUUUCCCCUCUCUGGACGAAAGCUAACAAAUGUUAAAAUUCCGAAUGGCUACUCCUUUGAAAUAAUCAGAUAGAACAGGAUUUUAAACCCCUACUGCUUUUUAUUUUUCGACCAAAGAUGCUUCUGUUUGUUUCUGAUUCUCUCCCCCCACCCCGAAGCUUUUGCACUGUGUUCAAAAGACUGAAUUUCUCAUGUCUGAAAAAAUGGCAUGUAUAUAUGUAGAAAAUGAAUAGAUAAUAAAAGAUUAAAUUACAUUUUUCAUAUGUACUUGUC